UCCUCGGAAUUCCAUCCCCUGGAACGUCUCCGGAUGUUUUUCCAUUUUUUCCCGCGGCAGGAGCGGGUGGACGCGGAGAGGAGAAGGGUCGUGUCCCAGAUCCGGGAGCUGCGGCGGCUCCUGGAAGGGCAGGAGCGGCUCCUGCUGGACAGGCUGGAAAAGCUGGAGCGGGAGAUCCUCGGGAAGCAGGAGGGGAACCUCGGGAGGCUCUCGGAGCAGAUCUGCGGCGUCGCGGAGAGGAUCCGGGAGCUGGAGGAGAAGUGUCGGCAGCCGCCCUGGGAGCUCCUGGAGGGCAGCAGAGAAAUCCUGAGCAGGUUGGAGGAGGACAAUGCCCAGGAACCAGAGGAGACACCCCCUGAGCCGGGGGAGCAGCUCCCGGGGCUGCCCCGGCACAACGGGACCCUCAGGGAGGUGCUGAGGACAUUCCAAG